UCCUUUUUCAAACGACUCCUUUGGUUUGUAAUGUUCUACGUAGUUUUUUUCAAGAAAUCUGUGUCUCCGGUUAAACUCACCCCAAUCAGAUAACACUCAACAGUCAAAAACACAGAAAAUAUGGCCGCCGGCGCCGGUGCCAUUCGAACUUUUCUUCUCAACGCAACUCAAAAACCUUUCACUUCCUCUUUCUUGAAAAACAUUUCCCUACCCACAUGCCUUUUUCUCCACAAUUGCCUUUCCCUCCGCAGUUUUUCCCAUCGCCCCUUUUGCUCUAUCUCUACCCAAUUAACAUCCCAAGAAGACACUCCACAACCCGAAAAUUUUCAACACUCGAAUAAAAAAACCCGACCCAAUGUUUUACAAAUUCUUGAAGAGAGAGGAUUACUGGAAUCAGUGACUAACGACUCUCUUCGCUCCGUUUGCUCCGACCCGAAUUUGGGUCCGUUGAAAGUGUACUGCGGGUUUGACCCGACUGCCGAAAGCUUACACCUUGGGAAUCUUUUGGAUAUUGUGCUUUCUUGGUUUUUACGUUGUGGGCAUAAUGCUGUUGCGCUCAUUGGCGGCGCUACGGGUCGAAUCGGUGACCCGUCUGGGAAGAGUUUGGAGCGACCCGAGCUUGAUUUAGUGACACUUGAGAAGAAUAUAUCUGGGAUUAGCGGGGUUAUUCAAAAGAUUUUGGUCUGCGCACCAGGUGUUUGUGAAAAUGCCGGAGAGGUGAAAAUUUUGAAUAAUUAUGAUUGGUGGAAGGAUGUGAAGUUUUUGGAUUUUUUGAGGAAUGUAGGGAGGUAUGCAAGAGUUGGGACUAUGAUGUCUAAGGAAAGUGUGAAGAAAAGGUUGGAGAAUGCAGAGCAGGGGAUGAGUUAUGCUGAGUUUACAUAUCAGCUUUUACAAGGGUACGAUUUUGUGCAUUUGUAUGAAAAAGAAGGUGUGAGUGUCCAAAUUGGUGGUAGUGAUCAAUGGGGUAAUAUCACUGCUGGUACUGAUCUUAUUCGUAGGCUUAUUGGGAAAUCUCCCGAAAAUGGAGCUGUUGUAGGCAAUGCUCCUGUUGUUUUUGGGCUUACUUUUCCUUUGCUUCUCAAGAGUGAUGGUACAAAGUUUGGAAAAUCAGAAGACGGUGCAAUUUGGCUAGCCCCUUCACUUUUGUCGCCAUAUAAGUUCUAUCAGUAUUUCUUUACUGUCCCUGAUGAUGAUGUAGUGAGGUUUCUCAAGAUUCUUACUUUUCUGAGCAUUGAAGAAAUUGCAGAGUUGGAGAGGGAUAUGGGAAAACCUGGAUAUGUUCCUAACACAGCUCAACGUAGGUUGGCUGAGGAGGUUACACGGUUUGUUCAUGGACAAGAGGGAUUGGAAGAGGCGCUUAAGGCUACAGAGGCACUGAAGCCUGGAAAUGCUGAUACCAAAUUGGAUUGGAAAACUAUUGAGGGUAUUGCAGCUGAUGUUCCGUCUUGCUCCAUGAAAUAUGAUCAGGUGUUGAACAUACCGAUCUUGGAUCUUUAUGUUUCCGGUGGUUUGCUUGAGAGCAAAUCAGCUGCACGACGGAUGCUUAAGCAAGGGGGCCUUUACUUGAACAAUGGUAAAGUUGAUAGUGAGAGUAAGAAGAUUGAAGCGGAUGAUAUUGUCGAUGACAAAGUUAUCCUUUUAUCUGCAGGGAAAAAGAACAAGAUGGUUGUAAGAAUAUCCUGACUUGCUGCUGUCAGUCUAAUAUUUGAUUGCAUUAAUAUUUUAUUUUUUGAUAAUGGUUAAAGAUAGCAGUUCAAUGUUCAAACAAAGCUUUCUGAGUUGGACGAGACACAAGAUUUUACUUGGUAUGCAUAUGAUAGGAAGAGGGGAGAGCAGCCAAGCAUUGAAAGGAAGUAAAGCAGCGUUAUGUACGUUAUGAUAUUAAAAUUAUUUCACCGAUUAAAAAAAAAGUUGAAAUUUUUUCCAUCACUUCGUGUUGGUAUUUUUUUUAUUGCUCAGAACAAUAAUGGUCAAGGUGGGAGAAGAAGAUGACUAUGCAAGUGUUAAGAAUUACUCUGGACUCUAUGGAUUGUCUAUCAAGUUGUAUCUGUGAGGUCCUGUUGCACUCUUUUUUCUUUCAGUUUUGACAGGCAUGACGUCCUAUUGCAGUUAGGACUCCUUAUAUAUGCUUCAAUUAUUUGUUGGAAGCCAGGUGCUAAUUAUAAGCGGCUUUGCAAAUUGUUUAGAGAUCUUGUAAGACACAUAAUAAUUAUCUAAGCUGACUAGUAGUGUAUGCUGGUUUGAUGAUAUGUGAUUUGAAAAAGACACUUUAGUUUUCUCUGA